AUGGGGUCUCCCCUGCUGCUGCUGCUGGCCUUGCUGACCAUGGCCACCAAAGCCAAGGUGUUUGGUCUGUGUGAGCUGGCUCAUGUGCUCCAGGAAGAGGGGCUGGAUGGCUCCGGGGCCCACCGCCUCGCCGACUGUGAGUUUCAGUCCCCCGUCUGCCCACAGCCUUUCCUUCCCAGCUGCUGUCAUCCACAGGGAUGGCAGCUGUGGCACAGUCUGAGUGCCUUUUGCCCCUGUCCAGAGCUCUGCAUGGCCUCUUACGAGACCACCUUCAACAUGUCAGCUCAGGGCAUCAAAGUGUAUGGCAGCACCGACCAUGGCAUCUUCCAGAGCAGCAGCCAGCUGUGGUGCACCGAUAGUGGCAGCGCCUCGGAUAACCUCCAUCUGCUAUCGAGUAACAUAACUGAUGACAUCAUCUGUGCCAAAAGGAUUGUGAGAAACCCACACGGAAUGAAUGCCUGUGUCUCAUUACUGGCUGAAACAAACAGCAUGGUUGCUGCCAGGGGAACUGCCAGGCAGCCCAGAAGGGCAGAUCGCAAAAGAUUAGUUGUCCAAAGCAAAAAAGGAGCAAAGGACUCUUUCUACAAAAGACUGCUUCAGCUGGAAACUAAAAGGAGCGGAGUGAGAGAAGGGGUAUCACCCUCCCAGUGUGACAGUCAGUCCCAGGGGGAGAAGGAGCAGAAGAUCCGCAGUGCCGGCCAUGGCUGCAUCGAUGGACCUCUGCAGGACCAGGGCUGUUGCCUUCCCGGCCAGCCUGUACUUUUGAACCGUGCCAUUGAGUCAGGCCCUGCAGACCCACGGGAAGAUGGAAACAGGAUGACUGGACCUUUGAAGCUGCCAGGGUGUAACAGCAAGAGGAGACAAGAGAGCCUACGCUCACAGUAA